GUGACAUGCAACAUCGCGAUGGUCUAAACGGCCUUCACGUGAAAGAAUAUACGCUUUUCCCUCGCUGAGUUCAUAUUCCAACCUUGUUCAACCACUUUCAAAAAGAUUCCAGUACCCCCAAUUAGAAUUACCACUGCUUCAAGCUACCUAGGUAUCUAUUCCGCGACCAUACCUAACACAACCAUGGCCGUCACCCUUCCCAACACGUCGUUAUCCGCCAACGACGCACGCAUACUCAACGCACUUUUCGAUCCAGAAACCCUCCCUUCUUCUGUCGGCCAACAAAAAGACAUAUCCUCAUCAAUCGACCCUUCACUACCCGCCCACCCUAGCAUUCCAGAUUCACAGCUCAACGCACUUGAGCGCCAACAAAGCGAGAUAAUAGGCCGCAUAUCCAGCACAUCUAGCGUUACGGAGAUAGAUUCUGCGAUUGCAGAAUUAAAUGCGGUGGUAGAGCAGUGGCCGGAGUAUGCGGGUGCGUGGGUGAACCGUGCCAUGCUACGGCGGAUGAAGCUGGAAACCGCUUUGGAAAAAGGGAAGACCAUCUUCGGAACUACGACCGAGACAUCGGGAUCAAACACUGAGGCUGUAUUCUUCGAUCUCGCGCAAGCGAUCAAACUUUCCCUUCCAUCUUCCCAGUCCACACCAGCCGUGUCGCCGCACGCUGCGAAGAUCCUACGAACAGCAUACUCACACCGCGCGUAUCUGUAUCUCAAAGCUGUGGAAUCAGAAAUACGGCUACAUGGUUUAACUAGAUCGGAACUGGAGGAGCAAGCGAGUAAAGACUUUGCGGCUGCGGCGCGGUAUGGUGAUGAAGUGGCAAGGGAGAUGAGCGUGAGGACGAAUCCGUAUAAGAAGAUGUGUGGUGUUAUUGUUCGGGAUGCGUUGAGGGAGGAGAUGGGUAUGAAUUCAUCGGGUUGAUAGGAUUACUAUGACAGACUGUUGCGUGUCACAUUCGCUUCGCCAGAUGUUGUGGUGUGCCAUAAGAGACACGAUCCCUACCUAUUUCAUACGCUCUCGUACAGGAGCUAGAUUUCUUCCGUGCUGAGGCGCUACGCUAUCAGCAAGCGCCCGGGACAUG